AUGGGUGAAAUGGAGCUUCGCUUCAACUAUUGCUACGCUUCCGUUCAGGGGCUUCUGAAAUGGUUGCAGAUGGUAUUUUCGUCGAUCGUUCUGGGCCUGCUACUGUGGGAGACACUGAAGCAGUCUGACUACGGACAUCGAUACCUGCUCGAAGGGGAAGAAUACACCGUUUUCGUCGCUGCGUUCACUCUUUGCGUCAUCACCUUGUUUCUACUUAUCUUCUUUCUGACCUGUCACCAGGGACCGUUGAGCGGAUGUCACUGUUCAACCGUGGUAUCUACGUUGAAUGCUUUUAUUUAA